CGUAUGUAUGUCGGAACAUAAAACUAAAGUAAGAUCAUUUUAAAAUACUUAUCUUACAAGUUACAACGUUCGGUUUUUUUCUUUUCAAAAUGGCGUCAAAGCAACUUAGCCGAGAAGAGCUCGAUGAGAAGGCAAAGCAAGGAGAGACCGUCGUCCAAGGUGGCACCGGCGGCAAAAGCCUCGAAGCUCAAGAGCAUCUUGCUGAAGGAAGGAGCAAGGGAGGGCAGACCAGGAAGGAGCAGCUAGGACAUGAAGGGUACCAGGAGAUUGGCAGCAAAGGAGGAGAGGCGAGGAAGGAGCAGUUAGGUCACGAGGGUUACCAAGAAAUGGGACAUAAAGGAGGAGAGGCGAGGAAGGAGCAGUUAGGUCACGAGGGUUACCAAGAAAUGGGACAUAAAGGAGGAGAGGCGAGGAAGGAGCAGUUAGGUCACGAGGGUUACCAAGAAAUGGGACAUAAAGGAGGAGAGGCGAGGAAGGAGCAGUUAGGUCACGAGGGUUACCAAGAAAUGGGACAUAAAGGAGGAGAGGCGAGGAAGGAGCAGUUAGGUCACGAGGGUUACCAAGAAAUGGGACAUAAAGGAGGAGAGGCGAGGAAGGAGCAGUUAGGUCACGAGGGUUACCAAGAAAUGGGACAUAAAGGAGGAGAGGCGAGGAAGGAGAAGUUAGGUCACGAGGGUUACCAAGAAAUGGGACAUAAAGGAGGAGAGGCGAGGAAGGAGCAGUUAGGGCACGAGGGUUAUAAGGAAAUGGGGCGCAAAGGAGGACUCAGUACGAUGGAUAAAUCUGGUGGAGAGCGUGCGGAGGAGGAAGGGAUUGAGAUCGACGAUUCCAAGUUCACCAACAAGGGGAAGUAGCUUCGAGCGACCUACUAGUAGUGUCCGCUGCCAAUAAUCUGUAGUAGAUAAGCUGAAUAAGUAAACCUCUAGGGUUUGUGGAUGGCAGCGAAGGUUUUAACUAGGGUUUGUUUUAAUGUAUUUCGUUUAGUGUUUUCUCAUGUGUGUGGUUUAACUACGUACGGUUUGUACUAACGGCAGGAUUGUACCGCUCGAAUGUUUGACUUUUUGUUGGCGAGGGUGCAAUCAAAUGAAACGCGGUGACGCUUUGAAAGUGUUGUUUUGUUCUA